AUGAAGGCGGCCCGGUUUGUGAUGCGCAGCGCUGGCUCGCUGAGUGGCGCGGGUCUGGUGGUCCCCCGCGAGGUCGAGCAUUUCUCGCGCUACAGCCCGUCGCCGCUGUCCAUGAAGCAGCUGCUGGACUUUGGUUCAGAGAAUGCCUGUGAAAGAACUUCUUUCGCAUUUUUGCGGCAAGAAUUGCCUGUGAGGCUAGCCAAUAUCUUGAAGGAAAUUGAUAUCCUCCCUGAUCGACUCUUAACUACCCCUUCAGUGCAGCUAGUUAAGAGCUGGUACAUCCAGAGCUUGAUGGACUUAGUGGAAUUCCAUGAGAAAAGCCCAGAGGACCAAAAAGCUUUAUCAGAUUUUGUAGAUACACUUGUCAAAGUUCGGAAUAGACACCAUAAUGUAGUCCCUACAAUGGCACAAGGAAUCAUAGAGUUUAAAGAUACCUGUGCUGUUGACCCAGUCACCAAUCAAAAUCUUCAGUAUUUCUUGGAUCGAUUCUACAUGAACCGUAUUUCUACACGAAUGCUGAUGAAUCAACACAUUCUUAUAUUUAGUGACUCACAGACAGGAAACCCAAGCCAUAUUGGAAGCAUUGAUCCAAACUGUGAUGUGGCAGCUGUGGUCCAAGAUGCCUUUGAAUGUUCAAAGAUGCUUUGUGAUCAGUACUAUUUAACAUCUCCAGAAUUAAAGCUCACACAAGUGAAUGGGAAAUUUCCUGGCCAGCCAAUUCACAUCGUGUAUGUUCCUUCUCACCUUCAUCAUAUGCUCUUUGAACUAUUCAAGAAUGCAAUGAGGGCAACAGUUGAACACCAGGAAAGUUGGCCUUCUCUUACACCAAUUGAAGUGAUUGUUGUCUUGGGAAAAGAAGAUCUUACAAUUAAGAUUUCAGACAGAGGAGGUGGUGUGCCUCUCAGGAUCAUUGAUCGCCUUUUUAGUUACACAUACUCCACUGCACCAACGCCUGUGAUGGACAAUUCUCGGAAUGCGCCUUUGGCUGGUUUUGGUUAUGGUUUGCCAAUAUCUCGUCUUUAUGCCAAGUAUUUUCAAGGAGAUCUGAAUCUCUACUCUUUGUCAGGCUAUGGAACAGAUGCCAUCAUUUACUUAAAGGCUUUGUCGUCUGAGUCUAUAGAGAAACUCCCUGUUUUUAACAAGUCAGCCUUUAAACAUUAUCAGAUGAGCACAGAGGCUGAUGACUGGUGCAUUCCCAGUAAGGAACCGAGGAACCUAGCGAAGGCAGGAGGGGCUGUGUGAAGAAGGACACCCCAGACCUUUUAAGGGAUCAAAGGGCUUCAAUGCCAGUGCAGCUUCCUGAAUGUUUGCAUGUAAACUUGUGUUUCCUCCAAAACAAAUAACAGCAACAAAAACUCCUUGAUCAGAACACUGGCUAAGGAGUGAUAGGCUUGUUUCUGUGGCGUGGGAGAACAUAGUGCACAACUGCAGGAGUUAACCAAAGGCCAGCUCUUCAUUUUUCUUCGCUCAUGAGGGUCUAUAAAAUCCUGAAGAAGUUGCCCUUACAUUCCCAUCCCUUUAUUAAAGACCAGGAAAUGAAUGAACAUGAAGA